CUGUGGAACACACGGGUGAGAGGAGACCGUAAGACGUAUUCAGUAUCUGCGUAGCUUACACCCAACACUGACACAACGAGUAAGCCAUGUCGUCUCCAGCCAGGGAAUCAGUAUCCGAGCUAAGUAGUGAUUUCUCAGUCAAGCUUCCAUCUCCUAAAUAUUCGCCAUCCCCAAAGGGAUCAUCUGAUGACGAUAGGCCAGUAUCAUCUCCCACUCCGACAACUGUAGAUAAAACACUAGCAGCUAUUCCAGUGGGUAAAGCCAUAGCAACACUGGACACAACCAUGGUUACUUCAGCGCAUGCAUCUGUUCUCUCCCCUUCAUCAACAUUGGACACAACCAUGGUUACUUCAGCGCAUGCAUCUGUUCUCUCCCCUUCAUCAACAUUGGACACAACCAUGGUUACUUCAGCGCAUGCAUCUGUUCUCUCUCCUUCAUCAACACUGGACACAACCAUGGUUACUUCAGUGUGUGUAUCUGUUCUCUCCACUUCAACAACAUUGGGCACUGCCACAGAUCUCAAUGAAGUGCCUAAAAUCGGUGCUCAACGAGGUGUCAAGAGAAACGACUCAGAUAAAUGCACGAGUGUGCCACAUUCACAUUGUUUCCACAGUGAAGCACUUGAUGGUGAAAUUUCAAAGAAACAAAGAAAUUCGUCAAGCCAGCAGAAUCAUCUAUCAGAUUAUUCAGUCAGCGACUCUACAAAACCAGGGGACUUCACUGAACAGAGUAUUUUCUUCCAAUCUGAGCCCAUUGUGAAGCCUAGUUUAUCAAAGGAAUUAACACACAGCACCACUCCAAGCUUCCAACAGUCAAAGGUAAUAAAUACACAUCCAAUUCAGUUGUCACCAGACACAGUACGACAGUCAAGUCAGUUGUCACCAAACAGAAAUAUACAGUCAAGUCAGUUGUCACCAGGCACAACACAACAGUCAAGUCAGUAUUCACCAGAUAGAAUACAAAAGACAAAUCCGUUGUUCCCCGACAGAACACCACAAGAUAGACAAUUCUCACAAGAUAGAACACAACAGCUCCAUCAGAUGGCAACAGAUAGAAUACAACAGUCAAGUCCGUUGUUCCCUGACAGAACACUACAAGGAGGUCAAUUCUCAGAAGAUAGAGCACAACAGCCAAAUCAGAUGGCACCAGAUAGAACACAACAGUCAAGUCAAAUGUUCCCCGACAGAACACUACAAGAAAGUCAAUUUUCACCAGAUAGAACACAACAGCCAGAUCAGAUGGCACCAGAUAGAACACAACAACCAAGUGGAUUUUCACCAGAUAGAACACAACAGCCAAGUGGAUUUUUACCAGAUAGAACACAACAGCCAGGUCAAAUGGCACCAGAUAGAACACAACAGUCCAGUCAAAUGUUCCCCGACAGAACACUACAAGCAAGUCAAUUUUCACCAGAUAGAACACAACAGCCAGAUCAGAUGGCACCAGAUAUAACACAACAGCCAAGUGGAUUUUUACCAGAUAGAACACAACAGCCAGAUCAGAUGACACCAGAUAGAACACAACAGCCAGAUCAGAUGACACCAGAUAGAACACAACAGCCAAGUGGAGUUUUACCAGAUAGAACACAACAGCCAGAUCAGAUGACACCAGAUAGAACACAACAGCCAAGUGGAUUUUUACCAGAUAGAACACAACAGCCAGAUCAGAUGACACCAGAUAGAACACAACGGUCAAGUCAGAUUUUACCAGAUAGAACACAACAGUCCAGUCAGAUGUUCCCCGACAGAACACUACAAAACACUACAAGAAAGUCAAUUUUCACCAGAUAG